AUGCAAGCGAGGCUUUACCAAGACAACCAACCAUCUAAUGUAGAUGGCAACUUUAUCAAUUUUCCUGUUCCCAACAAAAUGAGAAUUAUGACACUGACGAGAGCGCCGUGUGACCUGGACGCCAUGAGUCUAUUCCAGGACCUCAAGCUGAAGAGGAGAAAGGUCGACUCAAGAUGUUCCAGUGAUGGAGAGAGCGUGGCCGAGACGAGUACUUCGUCUCCGGAGUUGGGAGCUCCAGGUUCUCCAGUCAGGCCGGAGCAGACUCCAGGGAGUCCUGUCCAGGUUAACAGAGCGUUAACCCCGGAAAAGUCCAUCGAGGUGCGCGUUAAGGAGGAGUUGGUGUUCGACGGUGGCGGGCCUGGGGGGUUCUGGAGAUCGGCCAACGGGCGGGGGGAGAUGAGGCCCCCCCGGCCGGCCGCCCCCAGGCCCGCCCCCACCGUCAUCAUGGGGGAGGCAGGAGGCGUGCGAACCAUGGUCUGGUCCCAGCCCAGCGAGCAGCAGCCCGGGCCCUCCACCCCUGCCUGGCCCAUCCCUGCCCAGGAGGAGGCCGCCGCCCAGCUUCUCCUCACCUUAGGUCAAGAAGGCAGCAGUAUGAGCCCGACGGCGGUGAGCGGGGGCGGCAGCGGGCGGUCGCUAAAUAUGGAGAGGCUGUGGGCGGGCGACCUCUCGCAGUUGCCCGGGGCGCAGCAGCUCACCGCCCUCAACCUCUCCUGGGCCAAGCCCGGCCUCCACCAGGACAAGCAGCAGGAGGGCGACAUCGAGGAGGAGGACCAGCCCAUGAUCUGCAUGAUCUGCGAGGACAAGGCCACCGGUCUCCACUACGGCAUCAUCACCUGCGAAGGAUGUAAAGGUUUCUUCAAAAGGACAGUUCAAAACCGACGGGUGUACACCUGCGUAGCCGAUGGUGUUUGUGAAAUCACAAAAGCUCAAAGAAAUAGGUGUCAGUAUUGCCGUUUUAAGAAAUGUAUAGAACAAGGAAUGGUUUUACAAGCUGUAAGAGAAGACAGAAUGCCUGGAGGAAGAAAUUCUGGGGCAGUAUAUAAUUUAUAUAAGGUAAAAUAUAAGAAGCACAAAAAGUCUGUUCGGAACGGUCAAAUGAAAGGACAGACAGACAAAGGUAAAGCUGUUAUAAGCCCAGAACCUGCAUCGCACAUGCCUCCCCAUCUUGUUAAUGGAACCAUAUUAAAGACUGCCCUUACUAAUCCAAGUGAAGUUGUGCAUUUAAGACAAAGACUGGAUAGUGCUGUUAGCAGUUCAAGAGAUCGAGCACUAUCGGUAGAUACAACGCUUUCAGUUAUUCAGACCUUAAUAGAUUGUGAUGAAUUUCAGGAUAUCGCAACUCUCAGGAAUCUUGAAGAUCUCUUAGACCACAAAUCUGACCUAUCAGAUAAAUUGAUGCAGAUUGGUGAUUCCAUUGUUUACAAACUCGUUCAGUGGACUAAACGGUUACCGUUUUACUUAGAACUUCCAGUUGAAGUACAUACAAAACUAUUAACUCACACAUGGCAUGAGUUACUCGUUCUGACAACUUCAGCGUACCAAGCAAUUCAUGGUGCUCAUCGGUUAGCUAGUACUGGUUCGGAUGGUACAGAAGCUAAUUUUACCCAAGAGGUAUCUAAUAACCUUUGUACCCUCCAAACCUGCCUAACAUCGAUGAUGGGACGUCCAAUCACCAUGGAUCAAUUGAGACAAGAUGUCGGUCUCAUGGUGGAGAAAAUAACUUAUGUAACACUUAUGUUCCGCAGGAUCAAACUCACAAUGCAGGAAUAUGUCUGUCUGAAGGUCAUCAUUAUGCUGAAUCCAUCGAGGGGAGAUGCGAAUGAACUAGAGGCCAUGCAAGAAAGAUAUAUGAGCUGCCUAAGGACGUACGUUGAGCAUAGUUUUCCAAAUCAACCCAACCGAUUUCAUGAUCUCCUCUUAAGGCUGCCAGAGGUGCAGUCAGCAGCUUCACUCCUACUCGAAAGCAAAAUGUUCUAUGUUCCAUUCCUCCUUAACUCCACUAUCCAGAGGUAGUAAAACGUAGAACUUAGAUCUCCAAGGAAGCCUCUAGAGCAAUGGAAUUAAGGCAAGACUGCAACAGGGACCGCCCGCCCUCCCUCGACUGACCAAAGCCGAACUCACACCCUUCGAGUUUGCCUUAGUCCAAGAUUACGAGAGAGGGGAAGCAGAGAAUGCUAUUGUGAUUUUUAUAUAAUGUUGAUUCCUAUAAUGAAAGUUUGUUACCAUUUUCAUAAAAAUAAUGAAAAAAAAAAAAACUCUCCUACUAUCCUUAUGUUGUUAGUGACAAGUGAUCUUCUAGUUAACUCCUUUAUGCAGAUAUUCCAAAUAUGAUCAUGCCAUUUCAUAUUUUCUUUUUUUUUUAAACUAAAAUACUAAGUCGCUAAGUUACCAGCAUUACAUCCAGGUUCGUUAUGUUCCUUUUUGUGAAUUGACGGCUUAAAAGCCGAGUUUUGUAAAUAUCAGUGGUGGACGGGUCUGUUAAAAAAGAAGAAAAACUGUUGGUUAAGUAUUCCAUCACUGGAAUAGACUGACAGACUGUUAGCUAUAUGUCGGUACAAUUUUAAUUUAAACAAUCAGUUUCACAUUUAUAUUUAUUAAGUUAAAGCAAUUUUUUUUUACAUUAUUAUUUUUUUCAUCGCUAAAAAGUUUGUUGAAGUUGCUUUGGCUUAUUGGAAUAUAAAUGGAAAUAUUUAAACACUGCCAGUACCGACGUAGAGUAAAUAAUAUGUAAGUAGUUUUGUAACAUUUAUUCCUUUCAGUUUAAGUACAAAAGCAGAUCCUUUAAAUUUAUUAACUAAUUUCACCAAAACCAAAAUAGGUUGUAUAUUAUUGUGUAUAUAGGAGCUAUAAUUUUGUUAUGUCUAUAUAAAUAUUGUAAAUGGUUCAUGCAGUAUUCACACUCUUUAAGAUGUAAAAUAUGUUCUAUCAUUGCUGCAAUUUGACUGCUUUGCAAUGGGUUUUAAACUUUCUUAUUUCAAUUUUUUUCUAAUCUAAACAUCUUGUAAUUUAAGGCACUGGUGUAGACAGAUGAAUUAUAAGUUUAUAGUUUUUAUUUAAAAUGAUUUUAUUCUUGAUUAAUUUAAAUUACUGACAUUUUUUUUCUAGUUCCUCCUUUCUAUUCAUUUUUACAAUUCAAUAAAUGACUUUAAUUAUUAAGUAAUUAGUGUAAUAAUCAUCUCAUAAACAGCUAUGCUUCAUGUCAAUUCAUCUUUCACAACUAUUUCUAUAAGAAUAAGGAUAACUCAAUUAAUUAAGGAGUAUAUAUAUACACAUAUAUAUGUACAAUAAUAAAUAUAUAUUAUAAAUUAGAAAUGAAUACAGAUAAAUAAAAUUGUGUUAAUGUUUGUAAGUAUAGUGACCAAUGAUAAAAUAAUCUUUCAUUAUCAGUAGUCUUGCCUCCGAAGGGUUAAGGCGAGUAAUAAGACUCAUGAAUGUUUACUGUGUCUUAUUUCAGACUUUUUUUUUUUAAACGUUACUAUCUCAAGAGAAUGUUCUUAUAUACAUGAAAUGAGACUGACAACAUGACUGCCACUUUGAAAUACCUUUAAAUUAACUUAGAGAUAGUAAUAAUGUAGACUCAAAAUAUUUAAAAGAAGAAGAAAAGUCCACUUAAUUUGUAUAAAUAAUUACUGCUUUUCCACAAUACUUCUGAACUGUAAAAAUGUGUGAUAUUUUCUGAAAGUGUAAAGUGGAGGCCUAUUUACUAAGCACACUUUUUUUUAAUAACCUUUAACAUGAUAUUUCAAAAAUAUAAUUUAUAAAAUUUGCACUUUCGCAACACUUGAAAUAUUAAUUUUUGUAAUUGUAUAUGAGCAUUUAAGAAAAAAAAACAAAAAAAUUAACUCGAACAUUGCAAAGUAGGAGAAUGUGAUUUUUUUCCUCGUUAUAUUUUUAAUUUUACACUUUCAAUAUUUGUAUAUAAUAAGCACAUAGUUUUGACUGUUUAUAAUGUUAUGUUACCAGGAGAAAUUCAUUAUGUACACAGUUUUAAGGAUGUGUAAAAGAAAAAAAUUUAAGAAAAUCGACUGAAGAGCAUUGAUAGUUUCAGCCAACGUAAUGUUUUUUGCAUUAUAUAGUUUGUUAUAUUUUGUAUAUUAAUGUGAGAUAAUAUUUUAUUGGUGCUAACAAGUAUUGUGAAAAUGUUAGUUGGAAUAAAGUGAAAAGUCUGAUUGACUCUAAACAUAGAGAGUUGUAACUCUGUGUCUUAAUCAUUUGUAAAUUUGAAGAAAAUUCCGUAAAUUUAUUGAUCCUGCAUAAAAGAUUGGCAGGUAUAGUAAUGCCUUGAGUUCACUCUAAUAUAUUAUUACUUCUAUAAUUAUUGUUGUCUUUAAAUGUAAAUACAUGAAUGUCCUUAGU